UCACAAAAUCUGUCCGGUGGUAAGGUUGUCCAGAAUCUGGUGAACCACACAUGAACGAACGACUCUGAUGUUUGUAAAGCAGUUUACCGCUACCACGGAAGGGUCAAAAGAACACACUGAUCUUGGUCAGUCGGUAAAGUGAAUAAUCAUUUAUCAAAAUCGACUAGCAAGUAAGUUCAUUAUCAAAAAUCGCAAUUUAAUCGCGAUUUUCUCCAAUCCUCUUGCCAAUUGUCGAACAUUUUUGUCGUUUCAAAAUGAUUACUUCCUUCUUUUGUCGGUGUUUUGGUUUCUGAAGAGUGUAUAUAUUUUGGUGAAGGACAUAACAAUGUGUGAUCAAGAGUUCACGUUGAAUCAAUUCUCUUGGGAUUUCUGCAUGAAUUAAACCAAACGGCGUUGUCACGCGAUUUGAUUCUUCUGCAGUUUUCGCCCCGCGAUAGAGUCUCAAAGCGCUUUGGUUAGAAAUUUUAAUUUUAGCACCCGAUGCAAAUUUAGCUGGUCAUAAAAAAAGGUCACUAAAAUGUCAAAGUGUCCUUAAUUUGUUAAAGCCCACACAGGAGGGAACUCUUUAAAAAUUGGUAGCAUAUAUAGUGAACGAGGAAAAAAAAUAGCUGCUUGAUUAUUUGUUUACAAGCAAAUUUUCAACCUGAAAGGUCUUAAAGCCGUUGAGAGUGAUAAGAUUACAGGAAAUCAACUAAAAUACCGUGACCAUUUAAGAUCAUAGACAGAGCUUUUGUUGCCAAAACUUUAGUUCACCCACUGGCUUGCAUUAAGUAAACAUGCUGUAUCAUGUAGAUUAGGGGAAUCCCCUACUACGGUGGCGGAAGAAAUACACUGUUUCUAGACUUUCGUUUUGAAGGGUUUUUUCCCUUACAACUUUGCGUAAUAAAUUAAUGUAAGGAGCUUUUAUUAAUUAAUUAAUUAAUUUAUUUAUGGGAGUGAAAAAUAAAUGAAAAAGGAAGGCCGGGAGUUAAAAGCAAAAGGUCAAACCCCGGCGGCCUUUUUUGGUUUAAAUCACGCUCGGUUGUGACUUUAGAACUUGCCAGUGGUACAUUUCACGGAUAUUAAAAUCGAAAAAUUUUAUAACACUCAACUACUAACAAUUUAUUCGGAUAAUGCAAAGAUCUAGAGUUCCUGAAAAGUCACGGUCUUUCAGUCAAGAAAGUUCAAUUUUCUCGACCGCCUAGCAGGUCAUAUUUUCGACGUCAAAGGUCUACAUAACUUUUGAAAUAACUGACAAAAUUUCCGCAUUGUUUUUAUGUUUUUCUAGCUCUCUGGAAAAUGUCUGAUAAUAUCCCUUUACCUCGACAACGCCAAUGUACAGAUUUAGGCUGCGAGGAUGAAAAAUAUAUCCUUGAUAUAUUCAGCUAUGUACAGCCUGAAACUCGUGGGAGGUGUGAAUCAAGGAAACAGCUGUUUGUGUUUAUAACCAGAGACGUAGAAAAUAACAGAUUGUCUAAGUUCCUGCAGGUAAUGUGUAGCGUCUAGCAAAAUAUACGCGAAGCGUGUUUACAAGUACAUUUUAAAUCCGUAAGCCCCGUGCAAACAGACGCAACAUUGCUGGCCAGCCAACAAGUCCCAACAAUGUUGCGUCCGCUUGCACACCGUGUGGCAUGUUGUUGCACAAUGUUGGAAACCAGGCAAACUUUUAGCUAAGUGCAAACGGACGCAAUAACUCUUAGGAGUUGUUGCGUCCGUUUGCAAGUAGCUUAAGGGAGCUGAGUCAUUUCACCUUCAAUUUAAUUGGAAACGGCGGUGAUUGUGGAGGACUUUGAUAUCCUUUCUUUACUUUCAGGAGGAGCAAAUUAGAUUGGGCAUGACUAAAGUUUACUCUGAUAGAUUUUGCUGGAAAAAGAGCAAAAAUGAUGAGACGCUUAUUGUACAGAUGAAGAUGGAAGAUUUUAGCUCAGCUAGUGAACCGGUAAUAAUAAUAACAAGAACAACAGUAACAACGACAACAAUAAUAAUAUGGAUGAUGAUGAUGAUAAUAAUAAUAAUGAUAAUUACAGUUAAAAAAAUUGUUCUGACAUUUUUCUAUCGAAGCUUUUACCAUUAAUUCCCAAUGACCAUAUGGAUAUUUUUUUAGCUUGAAAGCAAUUUAAAAAUACUGGAUUAGAGAAUGGCUGGCUCCAGCCAUAUGAUUCAUACUUAAACUUAUUGGGUUUCAUGCACGUUUUCAGUUUGUUAACGUGCUAACAGGAAUAUAUGUCAGUAAUCUUCUACAUCUAAAGAAAGGGUAGUUAAAAACUGCGACAUUUGGAUCUUGUGGCUCUGUCUCCAGUUUUCUUGUAUGGGUAUUCAAUGUCUAGUAAAAGGGAUCAUUCUGAUUUCGCGCAAGUUUCCUUCAAGUUUUGUUCCUUUGUUUUGUUGUUGUUGUUGCUUUUUUCCGAAAAUUUUCAUCAACAGUAACUUUCUCUUCUAACUUUGCGCUUUUUAUAUGCCACUGCAUUUUGAUCCAUAAGGAAAUUAGUGCUACGCGUUGAUUGUGUUUUGUUUUGUUUUUAUUUUUUUUUUUGGAGAAAUUUUAUCAAAAUGUGAAUACGUUCCUUUUAUUGACAGAUUGAAAGAUGCAAGAUAGAUGAAAUGAGGAUACCUGAGAAAGUAACCUUUACUCUACCAUCUUGCGAUGCAUCCGUCAUGAGACUUACUACAAAAUUAUUGAAACAAAGCGAUGACGUGGAAGUGCUAUUGGAAACAGAACAGUUAAGGGCCAGUUUGCCCCUGGUAAGUUGUAAGUUUAAGUAGGAUUUAUGAACGGUGAAAGGUUUGCGCAAUCGGACUGAAAAAUUAUGAAAUUCCAGGAGUAGUUUGGGGGUGUUUUAUGGAACAAUUUUAGCGCCCAAAACGUACUGAAAAAAAAAAAGAAAAAAAAAAGUGAGACUAUAAUUGAAUGGAAGCCGUCCUAUACACACACGAAUUCGACCUUAACAAGUCGAUUUAUCUUCAACAAUUCAUAAACAGUGCUUAGAAACAAUGUGCGAAAUGUUACACUUUUUAGGAGACAAUAGAUGAAUAUUUUCGUUGUUUCAGGAUUGUCAGUUCUAGGAAGAAAUGAUUUUUUUGAGAUAGAUUUUCUCAUUUAGGAGUUUAAGAUAAAGAAUUUCUGUUAUAGUCUAAGCACUGUUUAUCGGUGAAGAUCCGUGACGUAGCACGAAAUAAAUAAAUAAAUAAAUAAAUAAAGAGAAUGACUAAGCCACGAUAUCAACAUCUUUCUCUCUUACAAAACAAUUUUCCGAGCUCUGGUGGUUUAUCAAAAGUUAGGAUUUGUAUAGUGUCCUACCGUGGAGUCUUGUUCAAUAGCGGGAAAUUGUUUCCCAACAGCGUGCGCUCUCGUUGGUUACUUCUAGGUCACAUGACAUCUAACAAUGAAACUGUUUCCUGCUAAAAUCUACGACGUCAGAGGUUAACGGUGCACUUUUACCAGCAAAUGUUCACCGCUCGCUGGAUUUAUUUUUCAUUAAUUUGUACACGAAAAAGUUUUCUCCGUGAGCUCGUCAGCUAUGUAAGACUGGUCUCAAGGGAAACAGUUAAUUUUGUUUCCCUCAGGACCGGUCAGUAAGUGUUUAAUAUUUACCAAAAACCUUCCCCUUACAUUUCUGAUAUAUUUCCUCUCUCUCCUUAUUUUUAUUCCCAGAUACCACAUUGGGAGACUAAGUCAGGGGUCGAACAUGAUCACUGGGUCGGUGAACCAACAGAAACACAAUGAGACGCUGGAAAGUGGAAUCCAAUGUAAAAUUAAUCUAAACUUAAUUCAUGGGUGACAAAUUACUCCUUAAUUUUAGAACAAAAUUUCAGCGUUAAUUUAUGAUUUCACGUGUGAAAUUAAUUGCCAUCAAGGCAAUGUUCCUUACGUCUUAGUCGAAGUUUUAAAAUGUUAAAAUUGAAGAUGUCAGGGCAUUAUAAAAGAUGCUUUAGAAAACCUAAACACACGAAAGGGCACACCAAGAAGGAUUCUAACAAGUGC